UGUUUCAAAAACUCUCAUUACAGAACACAUUGGAAGAUCUGUCUGGUGUACUGUCCAAAAACAAUCAUGAAGUUUGUGGCUGUAAUCCUCGCUCUCGCUGUCAUUUCAGGCUGCCAAGGGAACUUCCUGUUUCAGGAUGAGCCAAAAAGCCCCUGGGAGAAGGCAGUGGAUCAGUUCUGGAACCGUGUGUCUGAGCUGACUUCUAGGGCUGAGGAGAUGAGGGACAACAUCAAGGCCACUCAGCUCGGCAGAGAAUUAGACACACUGAUCGGUGACACCAUGACGGAGCUGCAAAUGUAUAAAGAUGACAUGCACUCCAAACUGGGCCCCUAUGCGCAGGAGACUGCCGAGAGAUUCAAUGAAGAUCUGCAACUGCUGACCAGCAAACUCCGCACACACAUGGAGGAUGCUAAGGAUCGUGUCACUGAAUACAGCCAGGAGCUCCGGACUAUGGUGGAACAGAACGCUGAAGACGUCAAGAACAGGGUCAACACCUAUGCCAAGAAAUUAAGGAAACGUUUUAACAAGGACAUCCAAGAGAUCAACAAGAAAAUGGAAACAUACUUUGAGGAGGUUCGGUCUCGUGCCGCUCAGAAUAUGGAGGAUGUGAAGGGUCGUCUUGAGCCUUACUUCACUGCAAUGCAACAGCGUGCUGAAGAUAAGCUGAUAUCUCUGGGAGAACUGCUGAGAAGCCAGGGGGAAGGAAUAAAAGAGAAACUGGAAUCACAAAUGCAGGGCCUCAGAGAGCAAGUUGAGAAGACCACAGAAAAUAUGGGUAACACUCUUCAGGAAAAGGCAGACGAGCUACACAAAUGGUUUGAGCCCUAUUUCUCUCAAUUCCAGAAGCAACUGGGCUAUUAAUACAAGUGCAUAAGAAUGAGGUCUCAGAAAAAUAAUUGGAUUGACUUUUUCAUUUAACUUUGCUUACAAAAAUGAAGGCAUUGGAAAUGUAAAGGUAAUGAGUACAAAUAUAUCUAGGCUACCAUUAGUACUACAUGUAUGUAGCUACAGAUGUAGACUAUGUAAUAUAAAGCUUAAUAAAAACGGGAUGGAUCAAUGA